GAUAUUGUUGUUAAGAAUAUUAAUUUACUGAGUGUUCCCUUACCGUAUCAACCGUGACACCUGUUUGUGGUUAAUUUACUAGAGUGCUGUCUUACAGUAUCAACUGUGACACCUCUUUGCAGUUUAUUUACUAGAGUGGUCCGUUAAAGCUACUUUGAGAACUUGAUGUAGUUAAUUCAGCAAUUUUACUUUCCUAGACUGUUCUGUUACAAUAACAGGUGUUGGAACUCUUUGUAUUUAACUUACUAGAGUUUUCUUUUAUAAUUACAGCUUCAGCAACGUGAACACUACUGUGUCAUUGAUGUACAACGUGUAACGGUGACUAGGCGGACUGGUUGUUAAUAGUAUAGUGCUCGCGGCUAACGGAAUGAAUCUCUCCAGAUAUUGACUACAGAUUACACGACUUGGGACUAGUAAGAUAAAAUCAACAUAUGUUUGAUGUGAAUUUGAUUAAAUUUACACGACACGAAUUACAAACGGGCGUAUAUAGAUCUGUGAAUUUGACAGAGGCGUCUAAUUAGUUAAUUAUUGUUUGAACUGUGGUGUGUUAUUGAAUUUGAUUUAAUUUACACGAAACAAUUAUAAACGGAUAUAUUCAAAUCUGUAAAGUUUACCGAAGCGUCUAAGUAGAAUAAAUAAUUAUUGUUUGAACUGGGGAGUUUACGUAUUUAUUAAGUAGGACCACAAAUAUUGACGGAUGUCAUACUGGAGGGAGGAGCUACUAACGUAUAGAGUACAUCACGACAAUAGCACAAUAUUCGAGUCACGGGCCGGACGUAAAACUGAUUUUUAUGUCAAUAUCUAACCACUAAGAAGUGAUAUGUCGAGGUUUUGAAGUAAAACAAUGAAGAAAGGAAAAGUGAAACCUGUUAGUGGAUUAAUCAAGAUUCAAAAGGUUUCUAAAUCGACAGGAAAUGGAUGCAUGUUCCCCUGGUAUUCAUCAUAUUUAAUAUUUUUGGUUACCAUAGUUAUCAGAGUGUGCUAUGUUUCUCAGCCUAGUAACUGGUGGAUUCUUCAUCCUGAUGAAAUUUACCAGUCGCUUGAAGUUGCCCAUUCUGAAGUCUAUGGGUAUGGAUUUCGACCUUAUGAAUACCUUACUGGUGAAGCACAACCCAACAAUACUAGAAUCAGAGAGAGGGAGUUACAACUCGGAAUGGCGGCUAUGAGGUCGUUUUUAUUUCCAGGUUUUUUCGUAUUCAUCUCAUAUUGUCUGGAAGUACUAAACGUCGAUGUCCAGCCAUUCCUGUCAUGGAAAAUAUCUCACGCAUGCAUCACCUCAACACUACCAUUGGCCGUCUUUAUAUUUACCAAGAGACUCUUCGGAUCACAUGAUGCAGGUGUCAUGGCAGCAGUGCUAGCUUCUUCAUCAAUUCAUCUAAAUGUGUUUGGAACCCACACAUUAAUCAACAGUUUUCUCGCCCCGUUUGUGUUUUUAUCGCUGUCGUACAUUUUACCAGUUGCACAUAAUACCUGCAAAGGCGUUCAAAAAGAACAGCAUGGUCAGUCGGAUGCCCAGGACGUGUGUACGGACGGCACAAGAAGGUGCGGACAUUCAACUGUUUACAAUUCAGUCACUGAAAGUAAAAAUUCCAGUCAGCCAACAACGCAUACAAACGUAGCUCACAAACGUCAUAAAACAGACCAACAGGAAAAGUAUAGUCAAUUGAAAGAUAUAAAUUCCAACAUUCAGCAGCCGAAUACAACAGCUAAUAACUCAACUUCCAAGGAUGUGGGUCGUGUGAGUGCACCUUUUGUCAACUCUGUUCUACAGUUGUAUGACAUGGUACCAAAUGGUCUCCAUGGAUUAAAGAAAAUCCAUGGGUGGUGUAACAUGGAAGGCAAUAUGUCCCAAAUGGAGCCGCGAAAAAGAUACACUACACUUCCAUUGCUAAGUGCAUGGACAUCUACCCACCCGCAGAACCUAAUAAUACUAUGUUCAUCAUUUGUGUUGACUCUUUCGUGUUAUAUCCGUCCUGAUUUAACUAUAUUUUGUUUAAUUGUGUAUAUUCCCCAUUGUCAUAUAAAUCGUUUGAUGACCUUUAGACACGUUUACUGUGGAGUUGGAGCAACUUUAGCUCUAUCAAUCUGCUUACGGGAUGACUUUUCGUCUUAUGGUUAUGGAGUUAUCUCCCCUUUCAACUGGUUCAAUUUUAACGUUUUACAGCAUUUUUCUGGCGCAUUAUUUGGAACCAUGGAAUUUACGUUUUAUCUAAAAGUUUUAUUUAUUGAAAGCAGCAUUAAUUUAUUGUUAUUGGCGUUCAGUGUAACUGUGGUGUGCGGUAUGGUGAUUUUCGGACACCGCGAAUCAAUCGUUAUUCCCUGUAAGUCAAUGGCGUCGUUUGUUUUCUUGUUCGUGUUCUAUUCUUUACAGGGACACAAGGAACCUCGACAUAUCCACCAUCUUUUCUGUUUAUAUUACGUCAUUAUAGCUGGGAUUAUUUGUUCCUAUUUAAAGUCAAACUUUAAUCCGAUUUCUAGUCGAAAAUGUGUUAUAUUCUUAAGUUGUAUCUUAAUUGUGAAUGGUUACAAAAACUUUCCAAGUCCAACUGAUAAGUCAAAUCGUGCCUGGGUAUAUGCCGGAAUUUAUCAUUCCAAUGACGUGAACACAUGUUUAAAUUACGUAGCUCACACCGAAGACGUCACCGGCGUGUUUCUAGACACGAGUAUUCACAUGGCGGGUGGUUAUUCUGUAUUGCAUCGUGACGUACCGGUACUGACAUUACUUAUACACGAAUUUUACGAAUUCGAUUUUAAUUCAAGACUGAAUCUGACCUCAAAAUACAACAUGGGGUCAAAAAAGGCACAUGUUUCAACCUUCAGCAGGGUUUCAAAUUUUAUAUCUGUAAGGAAUACGCCGUACCUUUUGAAAUUUUUAAUAAACAACCCGAAAUAUAAUUAUCUUAUUAUCGGAAUUAAUCGAUCUUUUAUAAACUUUGGAUAUAAAGAGGUCUUCAGAUCAGGAAAUAUGUCGGUUCUACGUCGCACGUUUAAUAGAUACGACGAGGCCAAAUUAUCGGCGACGGCAAAAUCAAUUCCGACUGGUAGGAAUGCAACUGUUUUAAAUUACGAAGGAAAUUGGUUGUUUAAUUUAGGAGCAUUUGAACAAGCAGUGCGGCGAUUGGAGGCCUCGUUAUCGAUUGACCAAUCGAUAAUUAAUAAUUAUCAGUUAUUGUCUAAUAUUUAUUAUUACCAUGGUGAUCGCCGACAAGCAUCAACUAUAAUGGAAAAGUGUUAUAAACUGUAUAACAAGAAUACAUGCAGUGAAGCAACACCACCACGGACCCUGCAUUCAAAUUACUACAUAUCGUUAUAGAAAUUUACUGCCGUCAAGGUAACAUUUGUAAAUCGUCCAAAAUAUAUUGUAAUGGAUAAAACUGGUUAAUUGUGUGUGCAUUAUGUUUGAAAUAAAAUGAUAUAUUAUGUUUACAAUAGGGCAAGGCAUACAACUGAACAAUGGGCUGAACUCGUUACAUGUAUGCGUAUUAUUUCUGAACGACUCAAUAUUUAGAACUGAAACUUUCAUUUGAAUUCAUCGUAUCUGCCGUUUGAUUCACUUAUUUGAACUAGUUCUUAUUAUAGGUUCUUCUGUUCAAUGUAAGAUUGUUCCUUUUAGACCGGGGUCAUAGUGGGUAAGACGCUGACUCGUUAGCCUGGAGGUCGGGUGUUCGAUCCUUGCAUUGUUCGAGAAAGAAACUUCAUUCAGAUUUUCCGGCGUGGUUCCCCCUUGUCAGUGAUGCAGGACGGAGGGCCUGACAAGAACAGGUGUCUAGUCGUUCGGAUGGGACGAAAACCGAGGUCCCAUGUACACAUUGGCGUGCACGUAAAAGAUCCCUUGGCAGUUAGAAUUCAAUAUGAGGGUAGUAGGUCGUAGUGCCGCUGUCCUGUCAAAAGUUCCCUCAUAGCACACUGCAUGGCGUAUGCCCGUAUUCAUUAGCCCAGUUCGGAGCAGAACAGUAGGACGUUAAACCCCAUUUCAUUUCAUUUCCUCUUAGACCUUUUGCAGUAAUGCAUUUUACGUCUAUAGGACUCAAUGUUUACAUUUGUGCCAUUAUACUAGUACAUUGUGUUGUUUUAUAUAAAAAAGAUUUUUUUUAAAAGA